AGUGUAGAUUAUCACAAACUACACAAGAAGAAGAGGGAGCAAGAGGGGGGUGACGAUAACCAUGAGGACGAGGUCCAGGGAAAAGAGGAAGACCGCAAAUUUGCUUUUAAUUUAAGUCACAAGCUGUCAUGCGUAUAACAGGAGGGAAGUACCACUGUUGUUGAGUGUGGCCCUCACUCUCCACUGCACGUCUCCUCUUUUAUUGAAGCUAUUUGCGUGUGCAACUGGAAACAAACAGUAAAGUCAGUUUUCCUGGCGUAACUUUGUCGAUAGGCUAUGGAUGUAUCCGUAUGAGCUUUCCUUCAUUUGCAGACUGCUCGACAUUACCAGCGGGAAUAAAGUUAACAUGUACGACGAUUAAAAAAACACAAUGGCAGACAGACGGAUUUUAAACGUUGUGAUUUUGGGUGUGGGAUUUCUGUUCAUUUUCACCGCCUUUACCACCUGUGGGAACGUUGAACAAACUGUGGUGAAAAGCCUGGAGAAUGACACUUUCACUGGAAGUGGGUACCACAGUCUUGGAAUCAUCUAUGGGGUCUUUGCAUUUUCAAAUUUACUUGCGCCAGCGGUUGUUGCAGUAAUUGGACCAAAAAUAACAUUGUUUUUGAGUGGCCUACUUUACAGCGGGUACAUUGCUGUAUUCAUCAUCCCCUCAACAUGGUCCUUUUACUUCACCUCUGUGCUCGUCGGCAUAGGAGCAGCCAUGCUGUGGACAGCUCAAGGACAAUUUCUGGUGGAAAACUCAGAGGCCUCCACCAGCAGCAGGAACACGGGGAUGUUCUGGGCUCUCCUACAGUGCAGCAUGUUAUUCGGCAAUCUUUACAUUUAUUUUGACUGGAAUGGCAAAACCGAGAUAUCAGAGAGCAGCAGGAAAACCAUGUUUCUGUCCCUGCUGGUCAUAUCUGUACUCGGUACGCUCAGCUUCCUGGUCUUGAGAAAAAGCCAUGAAGAAGAGGAGAUGCUCUCUGAAGAGGAAGAGCAGCCACUGCUCUCAACUCGUGGGAUGUAUAAGCACAGAGCAAACACUGCCGUGCAAGAUGCCAAGUCAGAAUUCAACACUAUCCUGCAACUUCUGAAUACUAAAAGCCUACUGCUCCUGGGUCCGUGCAUGGCAUACAGCGGCCUCGAGCUGGCUUUCUAUAGUGGAGUGUACGGGACAUGUGUUGGAGCAACUGCACAGUUUGGAGAAGCAGCCAAAGGAUUGAUCGGUAUCUCUGGGAUCGUGGUAGGCGCUGGAGAAAUAGUGGGUGGAGGCUUGUUCGGACUGUUGUGUAAGAACAGUGGCUUCAGACGAACCUCUGUGGUGUUCCUGGGAAUGGUUGUCCAUUUCAUUGCGUUCUAUUUGAUCUUCCUCAACAUCCCUGACGAUGCCCCCGUCGUCUUUAAAACCACCACUCAGAAAAACCCGUAUCUAAUUCCAAGCGUACCCGUUGCCCUGCUGUGCAGCUUCUUGCUUGGACUUGGGGACAGUUGUUUCAACACACAGCUCUACAGUCUAUUAGGCUGUGUUUAUACUGAACAAAGCACACCUGCUUUUGCCAUCUUCAAAUUCAUCCAGUCUGUUUUUGCAGCAGUGGCGUUCUUCUACAGCGGUUACCUCCUGUUGAUGUGGCAGAUGCUGCCGAUGAUCAUCCUGGGCUUCACUGGGACACUCUGCUUCUUUGUGGUGGAGAGGAUGCAGAACAUCUCUGUAGAUUUGCAGGAAUAUUAGACAUUUUGGUAUCAGUAUGGAUGGUUUUGUGGGAGAAACAGAGACAAUCAGGAAAAACUAUCAUUUUACUUUUAUUUCAUUACAAGUUAUUUUAAAAUCUCUUUUUAUUAUAAGGUUGUUUGGAUAGCAUUCACACUUGAAAUAGUUUGAAUUGAUGCCACAACGGAAACCAAGUUGCCUUAAGAAUAAUAUUAUUGUUAUCAGUCAGCCUGGAUUGGGCCUAGGACAUUUUCUCUUUUAUUACCCAAUACACAGCGAUCAUUGUUAAUCAUUAACAUUAUUUUUCUACUGCACCGCUGCACUAUUGAUCUUACUGUAGGAUUGUAAAAAUAGCCUUUCAACUGAUCUUGUGCCUGUCUGCUUUCAGCUCAGGUUUGUUAUUAAAGUGUCAUUGUUGAAAAUAUUUAUGUACUGUGUCUAAAACUGUUUAAACUCUCUGUUUAUAACUUAUCAAAAAAUGGAUGAAAAUAAUGAAAUAUUGUUCCUGUCACUAUGAUUCAGAAAAAAAUGCAAACUAUUUAAUGUCUGAUAAUCACUGUUCUUGCACUUUGUUUCAUUAAUUCUGCAUAUUAACAUCCAUGUUUUCCUCCAGUUUUGUGACUCAUCAAUAAA